UUCCAUCCCCACCACGACUGCUGAGGCGCGUUCUACGAUUUUUGGUGAAAAUUUCGAGCGAUCGAGAGCGAUAAUCGGAUAACAUGUCGUGGCAAGCUUACGUCGAUGACCAUUUGAUGUGCGAGAUCGAAGGCAACCACCUCUCAUCCGCCGCUAUCCUCGGCCAUGACGGCAGUAUCUGGGCUCAAUCCGCUAAUUUCCCUCAGGUGAAGCCAGAGGAAGUAACUGGUAUCAUUAACGACUUCAAUGAGCCUGGCUCACUUGCUCCAACCGGCUUACACCUUGGUGGGACCAAGUAUAUGGUGAUUCAAGGAGAGGCAGGAGCUGUUAUUCGAGGCAAAAAGGGUCCCGGAGGCGUGACCAUUAAGAAGACUGGGAUGGCUUUGAUUGUUGGCAUCUACGAUGAGCCGAUGGCUCCAUCUCAAUGUAACACGAUCGUGGAAAGGCUGGGUGACUAUCUGGUGGACCAAGGUUUUUAGUUGGAUUUGGUAUGUGUUCUAUGAUCUCAAUUUCUUAAUUAACUUUUUGUGAUAAUAUCGUACAAUCUGUUUCCAUUGUAAACAAAUCUGUCAUUCAUUGUUUUUCGUUUUUGCAUAUCCAGACUUUGUAUUUCUACGAGUUCUGGUUUGUUUGGUUGAGAAAAAGUUUAAAAUCUCACUUGAUUUCUUAAUC